CUCCUAGUCCUACCCCUUGUUCGGUCAGGUGACGCUGUGUGCCGUCUCGCUGUUACACACGCUAACAUUAAGAGCAUUAUUAGUCGGUUUCUGGCAGUUCUAACUCUCAGUGAAUAUCCGAAUCGUCUGGAAGAUCUCUGUUAAAAUGUGGGAUUGUCGGCUUUUAUUGUUAUUGAUGGUCUCGAGCUCGGCUCUCGCACUGGAGGUGCCAUCAGAAGAAGGACCGGGCUUACUGGCCGAGCCACAAGUAGCCAUGUUUUGCGAGAAGCUCAACAUGCACAUGAACAUCCAGAGUGGCAAGUGGGAGCCGGAUCCUUCAGGCACCAAGAGCUGCGUCAACACCAAAGAGGGCAUCCUUCAGUACUGCCAAGAGGUGUACCCAGAUCUGCAGAUCACAAACGUGGUGGAAGCCAAUCAGCCUGUCAGCAUCCAGAACUGGUGCAAGAAGGGUCGGAAGCAGUGCCGCAGUCACGUGCACGUGGUGGUGCCUUACCGCUGCCUCGUGGGUGAAUUUGUGAGCGACGCUUUGUUGGUUCCUGAUAAGUGCAAGUUCCUGCACCAGGAGCGGAUGGACAUGUGCGAGAGUCACCUGCACUGGCACACGGUGGCCAAAGAGUCUUGUGGCGAUCACAGCAUGAACCUCCACGAUUAUGGGAUGCUGUUGCCGUGUGCCAUCGACCGUUUCCGCGGCGUGGAGUUUGUGUGCUGCCCGGUGGAGACGGAGCAGGAGAAGGAUGACGCAGAAGCAGAGGAGGACGAUUCAGACGUCUGGUGGGGAGGAGCCGAGACGGACUAUACUGAUAACAGCAUGACUCGUGAGGCGGAGCCAGCUGAGCAGGCAGGGGCGGAGCCUGCAGUGGCAGAGGAUGAUGAGUUCAUUGAAGAUGAAGAGGAGGGUAUAGAUAAUGACCAGGACGGCGACGGAGAAUUGGAGAUGGAAGUGGGUGAGGAAGGGGAGGAAGAUGAUGAUGAGAUGAUCGACCAAAACAACGAGCAGACGACUAGCGUCGCCAUGACUACCACUACAACCACCACAACCGAAUCAGUGGAAGAAGUGGUCCGAGAAGUGUGUUGGGCGAACGCAGAGACUGGGCCGUGCAGGGCCAUGUUGCCCCGAUGGUAUUUUGUGAAGGAAGAAGGUCGAUGUGCUCCCUUCAUCUAUGGGGGCUGCGGAGGCAACCGCAAUAACUUUGAGUCGGAGGAAUACUGCCUGUCUGUCUGCGGUGGUGUGUUGCCAACCACUUCUCCGAGCUCCCCAGACGCAGUAGAUCGCUACCUGGAGACGCCAGCAGACGAGAACGAGCACUCCCACUUUCAGAAGGCCAAGGAGAGCCUAGAGGCCAAACAUCGUGAGAGAAUGUCUCAGGUGAUGAGGGAGUGGGAGGAGGCUGAGCGUCAGUCUAAGAGUCUGCCACGUGCCGACAAGAAGGCGGUCAUCCAGCACUUCCAGGAGAAGGUGGAGGCUUUAGAGAAGGAGGCAGCCAGUGAGAGGCAGCAGCUUGUGGAAACUCAUAUGGCUCGUGUGGAGGCUCUUCUCAACGACCGCCGACGCCUUGCACUCGAGAGUUUUCUGAGUGCCCUGCAGGCAGAUGAGCCACGGCCACGUCACGUGUUCAGUCUGUUGAAGAAGUACGUGCGUGCCGAGCAGAAGGACAGGCAGCAUACCCUGAAACACUUUGAGCACGUGCGCGUCGUGGACCCCAAGAAAGCCGCUCAGAUCCGACCUCAGGUGUUGACCCACUUGCGUGUGAUCGAGGAGAGGAUGAACCAGUCUCUGGCUCUUCUCUACAAAGUUCCAGGCGUGUUGGAGGAUAUCCAGGAUCAAGUUGAACUGUUACAGCGUGAGCAGCAGGAGAUGUCAGCACAGUUAGCGUCACUGCAGAGCGACGUGAGAGUGAGCUACGGUAAUGACGCCCUGAUGCCCGACAGCACCGCCCCGCUCGACCUACUGCCACCUGAGGACUCCUACCACCUGGGCUUCAUUCACCCUGAAAGCUUCAACCAACCCAACACUGAGAACCACGUCGAGCCUGUCGAUGUUCGUCCCUUUCCUGACAGAGGGCUUCCUACUCACCCAGUGUCUGGCCUGAAGCCUGAGGAUGUUCCUGAGCUGAGGAUGGAGGCAGAGGAGAGGCACAAUGCUGCUUAUGAAGUUCACCACCAGAAACUGGUUUUCUUCGCCGAAGACGUCAGCUCUAACAAGGGUGCUAUUAUUGGCCUGAUGGUAGGAGGUGUCGUCAUAGCGACCGUCAUUGUCAUCACCCUGGUAAUGCUGCGAAAGAAGCAGUACACAUCCAUCCACCACGGUGUGAUCGAGGUGGACGCUGCCAUCACUCCAGAAGAGCGCCAUCUUUCUAAGAUGCAGCAGAACGGCUACGAGAAUCCUACCUAUAAAUUCUUUGAGCAGAUGAACUAAUGAUCCACUUGCUAGGCUGUAAUCCCCUAACCCCUAACCCCUUCCUCUUUACCCCAGUGGACAGUGUUGGGAACGACUCUCUCGCUGUAGUACAUAACCUGCGGUGCCAUAAGUCACUUGUGAUUGGUCACUCGUCAAAAAGAUUCAUAUAAACAGGUCAAACCUCUUAUUUUACACAUGUAGUGAAGCACAGAUUCAGAAUCAGGUGUUUUAUCUUUUGAUUUUGAAUGAAACUGGGCUGAUCUGAGGUUACCCCAUUCCCACCCCCACCCCACCCCCACGCCAUACACUGUCCAUUCCCACUACUACUUUAAAUGCCGAACACUGGGAUAGAACUGAUUAGCGUUAAAGACACUAUUACUCAUUUUCUUUUCUUCUGCACUCUUCUGUCCUUGUCCCAUGGGGUGCUUUGAUGACAGCUGUGCUGUGUUGGAUCCAAAAAGGAUUAAACUCAUGACGAUAAGAUUAUAGUGAUAUCCCUAAUGUAGUCUUGAACGAACUCCUUAAAUUUAAAGAUUUUUUUUUCCAAGAAAAAAAAAAAAGAAAAAUCAAGGAUCAAGAGAAUUUUUUUCUUUAGCUGAAUCUAAUGUAUCGUCGUAAUGCAGAAAAAAAGAAACUAGAUGUAUCUAUUUAGUGCAUGAUAAAAAAAACAAUGAAGAAAAACUCUGUUGUCUGAAUGGGUCCUUUCUCAUGUAGAGAUCGUCAUUUUUGCAGGGUUCAACAUUUACCGUCUUCUCAUGACUUCAGUUUCGCUAACGAGCAACUACAGUAGACAGAUUUGCUUUCUGCUUUGAUUUUAUACAGACAUGAUUUACAAAAAACGAGAUUUUUUUUUUCUUUAUUUUUUACUCUGAGUUCCUCCAGCGACUGGGGGCUGGAAAAUCAGUGCAUAUAUUUCUAUCUUGAUGUGUUUUCAUCUUGUGCAUUUUGGAGAUCUCUCUUUCAGUCUCGCCUUCUCUCUCUUUCUCUCUUUCAGUCUCCUUCUCUCUCUCUCUCUCUCUCCCUCUCUUUCUCUGUUUCCAUGCUAUUUAUUUUCUGUUUGGAUUCACAUGGUUGGAUGUGUUUUGUAACAGGUUUUCAGGAUCGAGGGUAUUUCCUGUUCGGGUGGUAGGGAUUCACUGUAUGUGUUUGUAUGUUCUCGCCAGUGAAGUUUGUGUUUUUGUACAAUCCCAUGUGAAGUAAAAAAAAAUUUAAAAAAAGAAUACCUUCUUUCCUUCAGCCUCUAGUUUCCUAGAAAACGUAACACCAAAGAGGCUUUUUUUUCUCUCGUCUCAUCUCUUGCUUGUGCUGCUGCAGUGCAGAACUGGGUGGGAUUCCAUGGGAAGGAUGGAAAGAAAUAAGAAGAAAAUGUCUCCUAGUCUCUUUCCAGCCCUUGUGCAAUCCUUUUAGUAGUUUAUUUUUUAAGAUGCGGUGUAUUAAGAGGUUGCCAGAUUGGAUCCAUGCAAACCAAUUACACAGAGGAGUAUUAUAUGUAGACAUGGCAAAAAAAAAAAAAACUAAUAUAAGUGAGAAGAUAAAGUAUCUACUUUAAUUAAACAGGUUAAUUCAUAUAUAAAGUGAUCUUCGAGCCGUGGCUACUUGCUAAAAUCAGAUUUCAGAUUAAGGAUUAAAGAGAGCAGAUGAUUUUUUUUUUUUUUUCCAGUAGAGGCUCGUUGGACUUCAAGUAAUCCUCUCAGUAUGAAACUCCUCACUCAGCUCUUCUGAUGAACGUGACACACUGCACUAGCCGUCAAGCAUGCGUUAAGGCGUCUGCACUGCUGUAGCGAGUGACUUUAAACCAACAGAAAGUGUGCAAACGAAACUCACUGUUCUCGUGAACAUCGUGUUUUCUGCAGAGUUUUUUUUCCUGUAUCAUUUUGAGCUGUCUUGGGUAGUCAUUAAAAAAAAGAAAGAAAUAAAAACAAGACGACGUAAAUAACUCCGAAAUAUUACUGGAUAAAUAGAUGAAGUGAUUGUGGGUGCAGUUUUCUGGCUGAGGUGUAAGAAGGCAUUAGGGAUGCAGUGCGUCAUGCUGCGUUGUAGAUACAGAAAGCAGGACUCGUUUUCUUUCUGUGUGACUUUUUCUUCCUCUGUGUAAGUGUAUGGAAUAUUUGCUUUGACUGGAAACACUAUGCUUUAUACACUGAAUUCCAUAAAUAAAGAUUUGAAUGUACAUACAAGA